UUACAUGCUAAGUCAAAAAAAAAAGAGUCAGAUCAACCUGAAGUCCCUGGACAAAACAAAGUAACCUGGUGGAAGAGGGACUGCGAUGGGCAACGGGUGUCCACCUCGAAACGUCAGAAAAAAAGAUCAUCAUCUGUUUGUUCUCCAUGUGCUAGUUCCUCCCCACCAUGUAUUACCCAUCAAUAUCCUGAUUUUAAUAUGCAGAGGCUAGAGAACCUUCUUCAGGAAUCUGAGACCAUCACCCUUGAAGAUCCUCCUGAAGACACCAUUCUGCAGUCUCCAUUGUCCAUUUGGGGACAAAGAAAAAAAGAGGUCCAGCAGUGUUGGCAGGAGGCGAGGCCACAAAACCUUGCCAACUUGUUGUCGGCUGAAAGGAUUCCCACGAUGACAUGUAGUCACUGUCAUGUGAGAGAAGCAAUUAUCCGUUGUAGGGAAUGUUUGCCAUCAGAGUGGUUUUGUGAAUGUUGUGACACAUUAAUACACAAACACCACAUUUUGCACAGUAGCCCAGGGGUCAUUGACUUCGAAAGGAGUGGUUAUUGGCCUGCUACCAUGCAAGCCCAGACCCUAUUCCACCAAGAUCUAUUUCAUUUGUUUGAGGCUAUGAAGACAGCAGCUCCAGGAAUGUCAGUGAAAGCAUUCACAGCACUGCUAGACCAGAGAACAAAGCAGUUUGGAAGAACUGGCAAAGUGAAUGCGGAUGCUUUUCAGAGAAGCUUUUUGCAAUAUGUGUACUGCAACUCUGAACAGAACCAACUACUGGGAAAGGAGCCAUUUCUCUGUCCAGCCUGUAGCCCUGAAAUGGUGGCUGUUUCAGUGGAUGGUAACCGAAAACUCUACAGGUUCCAAAAAACAAACCAUUGAGUGUU